AUGGCUUGCAUAGAGUCAAAUACUGCCAGACACUUGAUCGUUUCAUGGCCGUUUUCUAAUCGUCAUUGCUCGGCCAGCAUUUGGUUAAUAACUUUAGCUCUCCUCGUUACUAAACCAUUAUUGUCUUCUACAAAUCCAAUAGCAGAUGGCUCUAGUGAAGUAACUAACAUGAAUAUGGUAGUGGUAAGCUCCUAUUUCGAUCGACUUUUCGAAGAUAUCAAAGGUUUGGUUAUAGCAGUAAAUGACGAGACAAACGUAAAGGCGAUUGUUGCAACUCCAGCAGAAGAAUUAAAGAGAACACCAAGAAAUAGGCGAAGUCUAUUUGAAGAUUUUCCUUUCGAAACUUCUAAGAGUUGUUCUCUGACAGAAAGUGAAUUGAAACACAUUAACGAGUUGCUUCAAAGCAUAAGUAAUGACGAGGUAAGCCACAACCCGUCGUGUGAAAUUCAAGAAGUUGAACCUGCAAUUGUUAGUAUGGCGGGUUCGUCGGAACAUUGCAAUCAAUUGAUUGAAUCUAUUGUUAUGAAUGUGAAUGAUGUAAAAAAUGCGUUUUGGUGUCUGAGCAAAACGACAACAGCAAUAACAGAUUAUCGUUACGAGGAACUAAAAGCAGCUUACGAUAGAAAAGUUCAUCAACUGGAGCUACGACUUGAUAAUGCCGAAAAGAAGUUUGAUCAGAAAUUCAAAAAGGAAAUUGAUAAAUUAAUGACAAGUUAUCACGAAGUGGAAAAGAAAUUGCGAGCUACUUUGGAUGAAUUGCAAAAAGAACGACUCGCCCAUUCACUUGUCACUAUCAAACUGGUUGUUGAGUAUUUGGUAAAUGGGAACAUUCAGUCAGCUUGGGAGACAUUCAAAUCGAAAUCCAUGGGGAUUAGUGUUAUCAAAGCCAUAGUGCAACGAGCCAUCAGCAAAGAAUUCAGCGCCAAUGUUCCAAUUAUAAACGUCAUUAGAUUUACAGGAGGGUUGAAGGACAAUGUUGACGCAAUGGUACACGGCGUAGUCUGUUUAUUCGACGAAUUAGAGAAAAGACAAACCUUUGAUCUGGAUAUCGUUAACGUUUUGUAUGUAACAAUCGAAGAUGUUGUUAAAACAUGCAUCGAUCUAGAAGGAACCGAGUCGGAGGAGUCUCGGUUAACGUUAGACGAAGAUACCAUCGAUCAACUAAUUCUUGUUAAAAAUAAAGUAGCGUUUUUGAAAUACAUUAAUGGCCGGUAAAGAAUUUUGUAUUUCUUCUAAAUGUAUACAUUAUCGAGUGCUACAUCAUCUUUGCAUAAUAUUGUUUGCCCCCAAACCGCUAGGUCAAUAGUUUCUUACAAUUUUAUAUCAAUGUUGAAGAUACGUUACUGUUAUCUUGUUGUACGCGAGCAAAAAAUGUUUGUGGAGUGAAAAAAAUGUAACAUUUUCACAUCUAAAUAGGUGGCAAGAAAAAGGUCUGGUCAGUUGGUAAUCCCUUCUUUGAAAACUUAAUGAUUGUAAUGAAUGCAGUUACCAUACAAUUACAAACAACAAUAAAAGAUGAAGGGAAGUUUUCCAAAA